UGUUAACAAUAAUCGAUAAACUUUUCCCCAAAAUCUAUCGGAGAUUCGAUCUAUCAUUCCCGAAAUUGUUGUACUUCUACUCAAAUAAAUAAAAUAAAAUAAAAUAGCUAGGCUAUUGCAAUGUUGUAUGGACAAAAUCCUCUAAAAAUCCCAAUAAUAAUAUUGGAGUCAUGAUUUAACGGAGCUGAUCGGGCGAGCGAGGAAACACAGAGGUGCGAGGUUUUCGACAAUGGCGGGUUCAACCGGUGCUAAUUCUUCUUCCAAUCCUUCGCCUGCUCCUCCUCCCCCCAAAAUCCUUCUGGCAAAGCCUGGCCUCGUAACCGGCGGACCAAUUAACUCUAAGAUUGGGCGCGGCACCGGCGCCGACGACGAAGCAGCAUCGAUUCGGUCCCGUCUCCCUUCUCUUGGAUCCCUAAAUCUUCUCUCUGAUUCCUGGGAUCUCCACAUUGACCGUUUCCUUCCUUUUUUGACUGAGAAUACGGAGUUCAAGGUGGUGGGGAUAAUUGGUCCACCGGGAGUUGGUAAGUCGACGAUUAUGAAUGAGAUUUAUGGCUACGACGGAAGUUCUCCAGGUAUGUUACCACCAUUUCCAAUACUAUCUGAAGAUGUUAGAGCAAUGGCUAGGCAUUGUACAUUGGGUAUUGAGCCCCGAAUUUCUUCUGAGAGGAUCAUACUUCUGGAUACUCAGCCUGUGUUCAGUCCUUCUGUUUUAGCUGAAAUUAUGAGACCCGAUGGUUCAUCCACUAUUUCAGUUAUUAGUGGUGAACCUCUAUCUGCUGAAUUGGCUCAUGAACUUAUGAGUAUCCAGCUGGGCAUUCUUCUAGCGUCCAUUUGCAACAUUGUUCUUGUGAUAUCGGAGGGAGUUCAUGAUCUAAAUAUGUGGCAAUUGAUGUUAACUGUUGACUUGCUUAAACACGGCUUGCCCGAUCCAUCUUCUCCUAUUUCUUCUCAUCCACAAAAUUCUAAUAUAGGAUCCGAGAAGGAAUACAAAGAAAAAACUUCUUCAAGUGAAGACUAUAUGGCAACUCCAAUCUUUGUUCAUGCGAAAGUGCAAGAUCGAGAUCUUGUUCCACACAAUAUCUUGCAACUGAAGAGAGCAUUUGCCUACUAUUUUAAAACCUCUUCAUUUAUGGGAGACAAAUUUGAAAAAGUCCAUAGUGAGCAACUACUUUCCUCUGUGGUUCCCGAUACCAGGAAUUUAGAUGUAGAUGGUGAAGAUCGAAGAUUGCUUGUCAUCCCCAACCGGAACAAGGAUGACUCUACCAGAGGUCAAUAUGAAAGCUUUAACUUAGCUCUGUGGAAGCUGAGGGAUCAGGUUCUAUCCAUGAAUGGUGCAUCGUUUUCAAGAACUGUUUCGGAACGCGAUUGGUUAAAAAACUCUGUGAAGAUAUGGGAAUCAGUGAAGAGCUCUCCUAUAGUAAUGGAGUAUGCAAGAACGCUUCAAUCUUCAGGUAUGUUCAGGAGAUAGCUGGAUGAUAUGGUUCUUGUUUAACAGAAGGCAUAGCCCUUAGUACUAGGCUUACUUUAUCAAUAAUUAUCCAUUCUACUGAUAUGACUUCGGUUGUUUUGCUUCAGCAAUCCUACAUGUUAUAGAUUUUAACUUUUUUUAGAAUAAAAUUUUAGAUUAGGGGUGUUUGUACCGAGACGGGUCGUUUCAGGGGAUGCGUAAUUUUUUUAUUUAUUUUUUAAAUCGUACUGUUCAUACUAGGACGUAGGAACGAUGAUAACAGAAUGAACUUCAACAUCAAAUAUCCAUUCAUGGAGAGGAAUUCAUCCA